AUGUUCAAGAAAGAUAUCCCAUCGACCAACCGCUCCAAGGUUAAGUCCUCAGUGCAGCGUGGCCUGCGCCAAAAGCUGCUGGACACCUACCCCGGUUUCGAGCCAUAUAUUGAAGAGAUCCUACCCAAGAAAGCCUCUCUAGAGGCCGUGAAGCUUCCCGACCGCGUCACCCUCUACACAAUAGACUCCACCCCCCCUUUCUUCCAACCCUUCGACGGCCCCCCAAUCCCCCACCUCAAGCUCAUCCACGCCUUCCCAUCCGCCCUCCCCACCAUCCAGAUCGACCGCGGUGCCAUCCGCUUCGUGCUCUCCGGUGCUGCACUCAUGGCCCCGGGACUGACGUCGCCCGGUGGCCGGUUGCCGGAAGCCGCGGACGCACUUGAGGCGGGCCAGGUUGUUGCUGUGAAGGCUGAGGGCAAGGAGGAGGUUUGUCUUGUUGGAGCGCUGAAGAUGGGUACUGAGGAGAUGAAGAGUAAGGGUAAGGGAGUCGUUAUGGAUGAGGGACAUUAUUUGGGUGAUGGGCUUUGGAAGCUGCAGCUGGAUUAG